AUGGUCGAAGAGGGGCUUUCUUCUAAUGACGCAUAUGAAUUAAUGCGUGAAAUGAUGAUGGAUGCUAUUAAUAAGGUGCAACGUUUGAAACUCAUCAAUGAUGAAGAAAUUGGACAAGAUGUGGAAGGACAUUAUAUGAAUGCGGAGUGUUCUCAAGAUGUAGUUCAUGAACCAAGUCAAGCAAGAACAAAAGGAAGGCCUAAAGGGAAGAGGUUAAAGCCAUCGAGAGAGAUCCGCAAAUGCAAGCCGAGGAAAUGCAAAUUGUGUGGAAAGCGAGGACAAAAUCAUGAUAGCAGAAAUUGCCCUCUAAAGUUGUCAAGUGAUUCAAUGGAACAAGAUAAUAUUGAUAAAGCCACUGAUGAUUUAGAGGAUUCCUUUGAGGAAGGUAAUGUGAUUUACAAGAUAAUAUUGAUGAAGCCAUUUUUUAAUAUAAUAUGA